CAUCUUCAUCAGCUCAAGCAUUUGCCUUCUACGAAACAAUUGCUAUUCCUUAAAUAAGUUUAUUCCCCGUCUCUUUAAUUUACAUUCCAGAAAUGGCCGUCACCUGCUUCACCCAUGAGUUCACAACCACUAUUGCCCCGGCAAGGAUGUUUAAGGCCCUGGUCCUUGAAGCUCACUUGCUCAUUCCCAAGAUUGUGCCCCAGGGUAUCAAGAGCAUUGAGUUCGUCCAAGGAGAUGGUGGAGUCGGAAGCAUUAUGCAGACCAACUUUGCCGAAGGUGGCCACUUGAAGUGCCUGAAGCACAGAAUCGAUGCCCUUGACACCGAGAAGCUGGUGUGCAAGUACACCCUGGUCGAAGGUGACGUCAUCUUUGACAAGAUUGAGUCGGUUGUUUAUGAGGUCAAGUUCGAGGCCUCAGGUGAUGGCGGAUGCGUCUGCAAGAAAACCAGCGAGUACCACGCUAAGGCCGGAGUCGAGCUCAAGGAAGAGGACAUCAAGCAAGGGAAAGACAAGGCCAUGGGAUUGUAUAAGGCCCUCGAGGAGUACCUCUUGGCCAAUCCUGGUUGCUGCGCUUAGUUGAUUUUCCCUGGCGCUUGUCUGAACUUAUGAACUUGGGUUGCUGAAUAAUUUUCUGUUUCUCUUUUGCCCUUUUCCUUUUCUUUUUUAAAUUUAUUUUUUUUUCUGUUCUCUACUCCCUUAGUUUCUGGUCCUCCAGACUUUUCAUUCUCAUUGAAAGAAUUUGUGUUUUUAAGCUUGAAUGAAAAUAAUAAAUUACAUUCUUCAUUAUGGAA